AUGUCAAGUCCACUUACAGCAGGCUUUUGCGAGUUGGUGUUCAACUCUGCCGACGCUCCUGAAGGUGUCACUCCCACUUUACAAGUGUUGAGCGUAAAGAAGAUCAACGCUCCUGGCGCUUCUGGACAAGACAGAUACAGACUGAUCUUAUCCGAUGGAAAACACUUUAUCCAAGCUAUGAUUGCCACCCAGCUCAAUGGGAUGGUCGAAUCGAAAGAGAUAGAUAGAAACGUAUUGAUCAAAUUGACAGGAUAUGUAACCAACGCAGUACAAGGUAGAAAACUCGUGAUCAUCCUUCAACUGGAGACUGUACCAUGGAAUGGAGAGAAGAUUGGUAAUCCCACCAACAUCGAACAACAACAGCAACAAGGAAAUCAAUCCACAUCCACAUCAGCUGCACCAGCGCCGGUACCCAAACAGGAAGUCGGCGGGUUCCAAGCUAGACAACAGUCGGCUACUGGAAGAGGUGGUGCUCAAGCUAGAGCGGGUGCAGGUGGAAGAGGAAAAGCUGAAGUUGGUCCGUUAUAUCCUAUCGAAGGAUUGAGUCCUUAUCAGAACAAAUGGACCAUCAAAGCUCGUGUCACCCAAAAAUCAGAUAUCAAACAUUAUUCCAAUCAACGAGGUGAAGGAAAGUUGUUCAGCGUAACCUUCAUGGACGAGACUGGAGAAAUCAGAGCUACAGGAUUCAACGAGGCUGUAGAUAACUUCUACAAUUUACUCGAAGAAGGGAAGGUAUUCUUCAUUUCAAGAGCUCGUAUUAACAUCGCCAAGAAGCAGUUCAGCAAUGUUAAUAACGAGUAUGAGAUCAUGUUCGAGAACCAAACGGAAAUCGAACCUUGCGAUGAUGAUACCGUUCCUCAAGUCAAGUACAACUUUAAGGGAAUCGAUCAGCUAGGAGAUGUGCAAAAGGACGAAUUAUGUGAUGUCAUCGGUAUAGUAAAGGAAGUGGGUGAAAUGGGAGAAAUAACAUCAAAGGCUACCAACAAACCUUUCGCCAAACGAGAUAUCCAAUUAGUCGAUUCUUCCGGUCACAGUGUCCGACUUACCCUGUGGGGUAAGCAGGCCGAUACCUUCAAAGCGGACGAUCAACCUGUCGUAGCUUUCAAGGGUGUCAAAGUUGGUGAUUUCGGUGGUAGAUCUUUAUCGAUGUUCAGCUCUGCGACAAUGUCCAUCAACCCUGAUAUUCCUGAAGCUCACCAACUGAGGGGAUGGUUCGACGCGGAAGGCCGAAAUACCCAAUUCCAACAAUACACCAACGCCAUGAAUAACACUUCCGGAGCAGGUGGAGCAGGUGCGGGAGUCGGCGCCAAACCAUCUGAACUCAAGACUAUCGGAGAAGCUAAGGAUGAAGGAUUGGGAAUGUCUGAAAAGACAGAUUAUUUCACCACUUCAGCGACUAUCGCUUUCGUUAAACAGGAGACUUUCAGUUAUCCAGCUUGUGCGAACCCAGAGGGUUGUAAUAAGAAAGUGGUGGAUGAUGGUUCGGGCUGGCAUUGUGAGAAAUGUGAUAGGAAAUGGGAUGCACCUAUUCAUAGAUAUAUUCUCUCGAUGAACGUAAUGGAUCAUACUGGAUCAUUCUGGAUUACAGCGUUCAACGAGCAAGCUGAACAAAUCAUGGAUAUCAGUGCCAACGAGUUGAUGAGAUUAAAGGACGAAGGAAGUGAUGUGAAUUCGUAUUUCCAGAAAGCUACCGGUAAAACACUCACUUUCCAAAUGAUGGCUAAACAAGAUUCCUUUAAUGACCAACCUAGAGUCAGAUAUCAAUGUAGGAAAGUAGCUCAACCGGAUUACGCAUCUGACAGUGCUCAUUUGAUCUCUUUGAUCAACUCCAUGAACGUAUAG